UAUAUUGUAUUAGGUCGCACAGCACAGUUCUAUGUGAAACGCCUGUGCUGCCUGUACGCUCACAACCCAGACCAUUAAAUUUUUCCGUCUUUUCUUCAGUACUGAGAAAAAAAGGGAAAAGGACGCACUGAUUUCCAAGAAAGAAAUUUUAACAAAAUUCCAUAUUGCGAAUAUGAUAAAAUAUUGUGAAAGAAAAUGUGAAUAACUGUGACGAAUGAAAAGUGAAAAGAAAAAUUGCAUAAAAAACUGUUGUGCGUGAAAAGUGCGGGUGUGGAUAAAAAAAUGGCAACGCAAAAGCCAGGCGAAUGGGCCAAUUGCAUUUUGUCACGAUUUGAAGAGCAGCUACCAGUACGCGUUGGGAUUCAUAGCCCACAGACGCGUCAAAAUUAUGAGCAUACGAUGACAUGUUUGAUACAAAUUUCAAGAUAUAAAUUCUCAUUAAUCUUAGCUGGUUUGACCAAAGCGCUGCAACGUACAAAUGAAUCGUGGUCAAAUGGUGCGAUUCGACAAAUGCUAGAAGCAGAACGAUGCUAUCAUGACACAUUAGUGAUAAUCUUAACAACGCUGGAACGUUGUUUAAGCAAUCAAACCAAAGAUACAUCUCGUUUUGAGGAAGCAAUGAACGUCAAAUUAUUGCUUCGUGAAUUGUGCCAAUUUAUCGAUGUGAAUGAAUCGAUUCCGAAUGCACAAUCGCUAAAGGCGCUCGCUUCAAAAGUCAUUUUUGCCCUGUCACAAAAUCAUUUCGGUGCGGUGUUCAAUCGAAUUUGUGCACGAUUACAAGAACUCAGCGCCACAUCCGAAGAAAAUCCAGACUCUGGUGACAUUGAACUCAUUCAACACAUUGACCUGGAUAUACUGAGAUUAAUCAAACUAUUGACUGAAAUAAAUCAAAAAUUCCGGUUGGUUAAGAAAUCGGCACACUUAGCACUACUCACCUCACUGGAAAGGGCAGUUUGGAAUUGGAUUGAGUACCAUCCAAUGGAAUUUGCCGAAAUACAACGAAAUCAAAACGACGAACUUGCAAAAUGCUGUGAAAUUUUAUUUGAUAUAAUGGACUCUUACGUUGACAACAAGAAGAUGAGAGCCAUUGUUUGGCCACUACAAAUUUUACUAUUGGUUUUAUCGCCGAAAGUGUUGGAAGAAAUAGUAAAUGCGGAUAGCGGUGCUCCAUGUUCUCCGCGUCAUUUGAAGAAAAAACAUUUUAUUGAUACAAUUAAAAAAGGCGUAACGACACACGCAACGUCCAAACAAUUGACCGAAUCGGCUGCUAUUGCGUGUGUUAAAUUAUGCAAGAUAUCCACAUAUAUUCCAACAAGUGAAUCAACAAAUGUGACUUUUUCACUGGUUCAAUGCGUCAUAAGCGAUAUUAAGGCAUUAUUAUUCAAUCCAUCAAAACCGUUUGCACGUGCACUAGGCCCAAAUUGUUCUGACAUUGAACUGAUGAUCGAUUGUAUGGUGGCAUGUUUUCGAAUAACACCGCACAACGCCGAAGCUCAAAAGGCUUGUCUUCUAUUAAGCGCACCACCUGCUUAUCAUUUUGUCAUUGUUAGCUCGUUGCUAAGAAUUGUUACGCAACCGCGUCUUCCAUGGUGGCCACAAAUUGACCUGGUAUAUGCUCGUUCGGAAGCGUUGCGAAAUUUAUUUACAGACACCCUAAACAAGGCAACUCAAGGUUAUAUUGCGCACACACCACUUCGAAUGAUUACAUCGCUAGCGCUCAAACCCAAAGACGGUCAGAAUCGAUUAGCACGACCCGAAGAUGGAAUCGCGCACAAGACAUUGCUUCUGCUUAUGGUUCGACUUGUUCACACUGAUCCAAUGUUAUUGUUGAACGUUCGAGCGAACAGCGAUCAAUUGAAUAGCGAUGUGAAAAUCAUGCGAAUCGGUCACGAUGUGUCCAGUUCAACGGUUGAAUUGAUAAACGGUUUGGUUAGUUUGGUGCAUCAGGCCACGAUGCCUGACGUUGCUCAAGAAGCUAUGGCUGCACUUUUGGCAUUACAUGCACCCGAUAAAAUUGAAAUCUGGAAUCCGGAAGCGCCAGUCAAUACAUUUUGGGAUCUCAGUUCGCAAGUGAUGUAUUCUAUUUCGCAGAAAUUGGUGCAACAUCAAAUCGCUAACUACACGGACGUCUUAAAAUGGUUGAAAGAGAUUUUAAUUUGUCGAAACACAUUUUUGCAAAGACACAAAGAUUAUGCCAAUGUCGGGACACAAAUUAUGAUUUGCUAUAAUGCGCACAAUAAACUGGUGGUUGUGCUGUUUACAUAUUUGUGGUCAGUCGAUUUGGAAGCAGUUAUUACCGCAUUAUCGUGCUUUGGACUAUUGUGCGAAGAGGUUGACAUACGGUCCGGUGCUGAUGAAUCGCCAUUAAUGAAUGUCAGUUUAAUGCCAAACUACCCGUCGUAUCAAGAAUUAGCACACGUUGCGAACACAGUGAAAGCAUCACAUCCAACGAGUCGUGAAGAUACGAAAUUUUCAUUUUAUGAUCAAAAUCAAGGUCGUUUCUCGCUUCAAAAGAAAAUAAUGGCCUUGUUGCGUAACGUCCAGUAUUGGGAUGAAGGGGUACAAUCGGCUUGGGAAGAGACGUUUCGAAAUUGGGAAUCAACUUCAAAAAUUUUGCAAUCAUAUCCCAAAGGAAAGUCUGAAGAUGGUCAAGAGAUAUUUCAUCGUGCCAUCGGAAAACGCAGGGCUAGUCAUCAAAGUUCCGAACAUGAUUUAGAAGAACAAAUCAACGAAUGGGCGAAUAUGACAUGGUUUUUACUAUCGCUCGGUGGUGUAUGUUUGCACAAACGAAGACCACCGAAAAAUAAUUCACAAUCAGAAGAUUCGUUAAAACAUCAACAAUCGAUGUCAUCGCUAAAUGCAUCGCUUAGCUCCGGUCGUGGUUCGUUACAUCCAAGCACAACGUCGUUGGUCACUUUGAAUGCCAGCCCGCAAGAAAUUCAAUACUGUCCCGUUACACAAUUCAUAAGUCAACUUCUCCGUUUGCUUGUGUGUAGCAAUGAAAAAUUCGGACCACAAAUCCAGAAGCACGUUAAAACAUUGGUGGGUGAAGAAAUGGCACCGGAUUUGUAUCCGCUGUUGUUUGACCAAAUUCGUGGCAUUGUCGAAAAAUUCUUCGAUCAGCAAGGACAAGUGAGACCGGUUAUUGUAACCGACAUCAAUACAUUGUUCAUCGAGCACAUCAUUUAUAUAAUGAAAUCGAUAUUGGGCGGUCUUCAAAAUAAAGAGCAAAACGAACAACCAACGGUGUCCGAACAUUUAGGUGUAACCAGUAUCGAAGGAAUGAUGUUGGGCAUAGUGCGCUACGUACGUCAUUUGGAUAUGACCGUGCACGCAAUUCACAUAAAAACCAAACUGUGUCAAUUGGUGGAAGUGAUGAUGAAAAGACGAGAUGAAAUGUCGUUUCGACAAGAAAUGAAAUUUCGAAACAAAUUGGUUGAAUAUCUCACCGAUUGGGUUAUGGGAACGUCACAUCAAAUUGCACCGUCAAACAGUGGUGAUAUUUCAAUUAUAUCAAAUACAACGUUAAUAUUUCGCGAUCUGGAUUCGGCAUGUAUGGAGGCUGUUGCGGCUUUAUUACGCGGUUUACCAUUACAACCAGAAGAAUCCGAUCGUGGUGAUUUGAUGGAUGCAAAAAGUGCAUUGUUUUUGAAAUAUUUCACAUUGUUCAUGAAUUUACUGAACGAUUGUGUGGAUAUUACGGAGGCAGAUAAAGACAUUAAUAAUGCACCAUUGCCCAUCAUUCGGCCACGAAUCACUGCUGGCAAAUUGACCGCACUUCGAAAUGCAACUAUCCAAGCGAUGUCAAAUUUGCUGAGUGCAAACAUCGACUCUGGUCUUAUGCAUUCAAUUGACUUGGGGUAUAAUAGUGAUUUACAAACAAGAGCCGCUUUUAUGGAAGUAUUAACACAGAUUCUACAACAAGGCACCGAAUUUGAUACACUCGCUGAAACAGUACUUGCAGAUCGAUUUGAACAACUUGUUCAAUUGGUUACGAUGAUCAGUGAUAAGGGUGAAUUACCAAUUGCAAUGGCCCUGGCGAAUGUUGUGACGACUGGACAAAUGGAUGAAUUAAGUCGCGUAUUGGUUACACUAUUUGAUGCAAAACACUUACUAUCACCAUUAUUAUGGAACAUGUUCUAUCGUGAAGUCGAGGUGUCCGAUUGCAUGCAAACUUUAUUCAGAGGCAAUUCACUUGGCAGCAAAAUUAUGGCAUAUUGUUUUAAGAUUUACGGAACGACUUAUCUUCAAGAUCUCUUGAAACCGCUAAUUGAACCAUUGCUUCAGCUAAAAAAUAUUGACUAUGAAGUUGACCCAUCACGCUUAUGUAACAAAGAUGAUCUCGAAAAGAAUCGAAAGAGUUUGAUCGCAUUGACCGAAAAGACGUUUGAUGCGAUCGUUAAUUCUGCAGAUAAAUUUCCACCUCAAUUACGCUCGAUGUGCCAUUGUUUGUAUCAGGUUUUGAGCAAGCGUUUUCCGAAUCUUUUGCAAAAUAAUAUCGGCGCUGUUGGAACCGUAAUAUUUUUGCGUUUUAUCAAUCCAGCAAUUGUCAGUCCACAAGAACAUGGGAUAGUCAACGUACCCGUAUCUCCAGUAUUAAAGCGAAGUUUAAUGCUAAUGUCAAAAAUCCUCCAAAAUAUUGCCAACCACGUUGAAUUUUCUAAAGAACAACAUAUGCUUUGUUUCAACGACUUUUUACGAGCUCAUGUUGAAGCUGGAAGAAGAUUCUUCAUUCAAAUUGCAUCCGAUUGUGAAUCAUUGGACAAUGUGGCUAGCAUGAGUUUUAUAUCCGAUGCGAAUGUAUUGGCAUUGCAUCGAUUGUUGUGGACGCACCAAGAAAAGAUUGGCGAUUAUCUAUCAAGUAGUAGAGAUCACAAGGCAGUCGGACGAAGACCAUUUGAUAAAAUGGCUACAUUGCUUGCAUACCUUGGACCGCCCGAACACAAAACCGAAUCUUGCUUAAAUUGGAGUUCAUUGGACAUUGCGUCCGGAAACUUUGAAGACCUUAUGAAUAAACUCCAAGCGCACGAAAGGGACGAGUUUAAAGCGUUGCAGUCGAAUAAUAUAUUCUAUCAGUCGGGUCAAAGUCGAAAUGGAAAAAAAGUCUUCUACUACAUUGCGCGUCGUUAUAAAAUUGGUGAAACAAAUGGUGAUCUCCUCAUUUAUCACGUCAUUUUAACCAUUAAACCAUUUUUAAAUGAACAAUAUGAAGUGUUCAUCGAUUUCACGCACACAUGUUCCGAUAAUCGUUUUCGCACCGAAUUUCUGGCAAAAUGGUUUGCCGUUCUGCCAAGUGUAGCGUACAAAAAUCUGAAUACAGUUUACAUUUACAAUUGUAAUUCUUGGGUGCGUGAGUACACGAAAUAUCACGACAGAAUUUUCCAACCGCUAAAAGGUAAUCGAAAAUUGAUUUUCGUUGAUCCAAAAACAAUAUCCGAUUAUAUAGCACAUGACGAACAAAAGCUGCCCGGGGCGACGUUGUCAUUGGAUGAAGAUUUAAAAGUGUUUAACAAUGCACUGAAAUUAAGCCACAAAGAUACAAAAGUCCAAAUUAAAGUGGGACCCACAGCGUUGCAAAUAACAGCGACUGAAAAAACCAAAGUACUUUCGCAUGGUGUGUUGCUGAACGAUGUUUAUUAUGCGUCCGAAAUUGAGGAAGUGUGCCUGGUCGACGAUAAUCAAUUUACAUUGUCAAUUGCCAAUGAAAGUUCUCAAUUGAGUUUCAUUCACAAUGAUUGUGAUAAUAUUGUUCAAGCAAUCAUUCACAUUCGAAAUCGCUGGGAGCUUAGCCAACCGGAUUCGGUGGUUGUGCAUCAAAAAAUUCGGCCCAAAGACGUACCCGGAACACUUUUAAAUAUGGCAUUAUUAAAUCUUGGAUCGUCAGAUCCAAACCUGAGAACGGCCGCAUAUAAUCAGUUGUGUGCACUGACAGCUACAUUUGAUCUCAAAAUCGAAGGACAAUUACUCGAAACUCAAGGACUGUGCAUUCCAUCGAAUAACACGAUUUUCAUUCAAGAAGUCAGUGAGAAAUUGGCCAACAAUGAACCGCAUCUAACGCUUGAAUUUCUUGAAGAAUGUAUUCAAGGCUUUCAACGAAGUACCAUCGAACUGAAACAUUUAUGCUUGGAGUACAUGACACCGUGGCUGAAGAAUUUAGUCAGGUUUUGCAAGUCGAGCGACGAUACAAAAAAAUUAAAAGUUUCUCAGAUUCUGGAGCGUCUUAUCAAUUUAACGAUUGAACAAAAAGAAAUGUAUCCAUCAAUUCAAGCAAAGAUUUGGGGUGCGAUCGGUCAAAUUCCGGAGCUCAUCGAUAUGGUGCUGGAUAACUUUAUUCAAAAAUCAGUUAUAUCGGGAUUGGGUUCGCCGCAAGUUGAAAUAAUGGCAGACACUGCCGUCGCAUUGGCAUCGGCAAAUGUUCAACUUGUGGCCAAGAAAGUGAUUGGACGCUUGUGUCGGGUGAUUGACAAAACAUGCACGAAUCCAACGCAGUACUUGGAACAACACAUGAUGUGGGACGAUAUAUCGAUUUUAUCGCGCUAUCUACUUAUGUUGUCAUUCAAUAAUUGUUUAGAUGUUGCCCGUCAUUUGCCAUAUCUAUUUCAUACAGUUACAUUUUUAGUAUGCUCCGGAUCACUUUCGAUGCGAGCUUCAACUCAUGGUCUCGUCAUAAACAUCAUUCACUCUCUAUGUACGUGCACAACCCAAUCGCUUGAGGAUGAAAAAUUCCCCGAUAAAAAAGUGCACAAAGCAUCAUUUUCAGAGGAAACACAGCGUGUGCUUCGAUUGGCUCUUGAUGAAUUUUCCUUGCCAAAAUUCUAUUUACUGUUCGGUAUUAGUAAAGUUAAAUCGGCAGCGGUGACUGCAUUCCGUUCGAGUUGUCGCCAUCCAAAUGAAAGAUGGCUGGGUAACGAAAGGGAACCACCAGAUCGUGAACGUCUUGCAUUGACCUCUCUCGAAGUGAUCACCGACGCUUUGCUUGAAAUCAUGGAGACGUGUAUGAGAGAUAUUCCUAAUUGUGAUUGGUUACAUACAUGGACUUCGUUAUCACGAAGCUUUGCAUUUUGUCAUAAUCCGGCACUGCAACCGCGUGCGCUCAUCGUCUACGGAUGCAUCAGCAAAUCGGUCACCGAUCAAGACGUUAAAGAGAUAUUACGCAUUUUGGUUAAGGCUUUGGAAAGUUUUAACGAAUUCAUUGUCUUAAUUGAAGCUCUUGUCAUGUGCUUAACACGAAUCCAACCGGUUCUGCGACAGGAAUCACCAAUUCAUCGUGCACUAUUCUGGGUUGCCACAUCCGUUCUUCAAUUAGAUAAUGAAACACUGUACGCAGCUGGUUUGGCAUUACUCGAACAAAACUUACAUACGCUUAGUUCACAAGGAGUUUUUGAUAAAAAUAACAUCAGCGAUGUUAUGAUGGCUACCCGUGAACCACUUGAGUGGCACUUUAAACAACUCGAUCACGCUGUUGGAUUAUCUUUCAAAUCAAAUUUCCAUUUCGCUUUGGUUGGUCAUUUAUUGAAAGGCUUUCGGCAUACGACACCAACAACUGUGUCUCGGACAUCGCGAGUUCUUACCGUAUUGCUGGGAAUCGUUGCGAAACCAAUGCAACGCGAUAAAUUCGAAGUCAGCUCAGAUAGUGUGGCUUAUUUAACCGCUCUUGUUGCUGUUUCGGAAGAAGUGCGUUCACGUUGUCAUGUAAAGCAUACGUUACCUCGAUGGCCAGUGGAAGCCGAGCCCGAUUUAAUCGUCGUUGACGCCGAAAAUAUUAACAACCAAACCGAUACGACAAUCAAAGGAAAAUCAUGGCGAAGUUUAGAUUUAACGUUACACUCUCACGGUCAUCAUAAUCAAUUAGUUCAUGCGAUGCAUAAUACAAGUACAAAUACGUCGGCGCAUGGUGUAGCCCAUGCAAAUCAAAUGGGCCAUAAUGUGCAUCCGAAUGCAAAUCCCAUUUAUCAACGGCACGAUUUUCAAAAUCGUCGAUCCGCCUCUGAACCAGCACAAGAGCUACAAGCAAAUCGUUCGACAAACACCGUCUCCUCCACUGAACAUGCGACAAAUAAUCCAAACCAUUCUAAUGAACCGAAUCAUCAGCACGGUGAUGAUUGUAAUUAUGUCGAUUGUCUGCAAAAAAUUACAACAGUCAAAGAACGUGGUUCAAGAUCAUCAGUAUCAAAUGAAUCGAAUGUAUUACUUGAUCCGGAAGUCAUACCAGAUUUAUCAACUCAGGCAUUAGUAUUGACUGUGCUUGCCACUCUGGUCAAGUACACCGGCAACGAGAACGAAACACGAGUUUUGUACCAAUACCUAGCUGAAGGUUCUGUUGUUUUUCCACGAGUAUUUCCAGUUAUCCAUUCAUUGCUUGAUCAAAAAAUCAACAAUAUUCUAUCGAAUGACAGUACUAUUUCGAAAGCGAUUCGAAAUGAUGCCACUAUUUUGAAGUCAAUUCAAAGUAUCAUCCAAAAUAUGUUGGCCACUGAAGAUCCAUCGCAACAACAACUUCAUUUCUUACAAUCGUGUGGUUUUGGUGGAUUAUGGCGUUUUGCCGGCCCAUUCCCAAAGACAAGCGUAAACUACAAUUUGAUGGGAGAGUCGUCUGAACUAUUCGUAAAUUGCCUGGAAGCAAUGGUAGAAACAUGCUUACCAAUUGAAGAUUCACCUGGAACACACGUGUCAACAAGGAACCAUAAUUUAAGCUGCAGCUUAAGCAGUCUUACGUUGAAUUCACCAACUGAUAAAGCUUUUUCAACGGAAUCCCUUGAUGGAGGUCACGAGGGUUUUCGAGGUAGUGUGAGUUCAUUGCGGCGUGGGUCAUGCGGUAAACCACGGUCAGCAUCAGCCAAACAUCGAUUAAGUGAGAGUCCAAUGAAGUAAAUGUAACAGACAUUGAGUGUCAACAAAAUGGAACCAGUUGCAAAAAGUUGCAAUUUUUUACAAAUCACUCGAAAUGGACGUAAACAUAGGUAUGUUAUUAUGAAUUAGAUGGAAGGUUUACACGUUUUCUUUAUCUAAUUGUUCGUAGAAAUCUGUGUUGCCCAAAUGAAUCAAAACUAUGAAUUAUUAAAAGUAUCUCUAUCUCAAACUGUAUGAUUUUAGGGAAAUAAUGUUAAAACUUCAAUGUACAACAAAAAUCAAAUUUACAUUAUUGUCAAAUGUUUUUUUUUAUUAUUUUACUUAAUAAAAAACAGUUUUUUGUUUUUCUAAACGAGUAUAAACCAUGAAAACUAUCAUAUUUAAAAGAUUUUAGAAAAAAUAGCACUAAAUUUUGUUCAACGUACAACUUCAUCUAAAUAAUUAUUUAUGAGAAUCAAUGCCCUGACAUAGAAAAUGUACGUUCUGUUUUUUUUUUCUUUCAUAUUUUAUUUUUAAGAAGAAUUUAAUCUCAUUUUGUUGUAUUUGUAUUCAAAUGAUCUAAUCCGAGUAAAGCUAACUUUUAAAACUAAUAGCACUAUAUAUACAAAUUAAAUCAAAUUAUUAAUGAAAAAGAAAUAUAUUUUAUAUAAAUGUUGUCAUCAAUUUAAACCAAAAAAUGUAUUUUAUGAAAAGUGACAA